AUGGCAGGAAACGCUUACGUUCUGGGGGUUGGCAUGAGUGCCUUCCUCAAACCCCGGAAACAGCGCUUUUACACCGAGCUCGCCUUUGAAGCCGGCGUCAAGGCCAUGCUAGACGCCCAUGUGACCUACGACGACGUCGAGGCUGGCGUUGCCUGCUUCUGCACAUUGCCGUCCUGCAGUGGACAACGGUGUUUCUACCAAUUUGGCAUGUCGGACAUCCCCAUCUACAACACAAACAACGCCUGUGCCACUGGCUCAACUGGACUUCACAUGGCCCGGAACUUUGUGAAGGGUGGUAUUUACGACUGUGUCCUGGUCGUUGGGUUUGAGCAGAUGAAGCCCGGUGCACUGGGUGGCGGCACUGUGGAUUUCCCAACGCCUCAAGAUCUCAGUUUGAAGUUGAUGAGCAAGACGAGAGGAGAUGCCCAGUCUCCGAAAAACCCGCAGAUGUUCGGCAAUGCCGGCAGAGAGUACAUGGAGAAGUAUGGCGCCUCUGCUGAAGACUUUGGCGAGAUCGCUCGAAUCUCGCACGAACACUCGUCGCGCAACCCCUACGCACAGUUCCGAGAUGUCUACACGCUCAAGCAAAUCAUGGACUCCCCCAUGAUCCACUACCCCAUCACCAAGCUCCAGUGCUCACCGACGUCAGACGGGGCCGCCGCCGCCGUGGUCGUGUCACAGCGAUUCCUCGACCAGCGACCCGAGCUUAAAUCGCACGCCAUCCUGAUCAAGGGACAGGCCCUCAGAACUGACACCCCGAACCUGUACAACGGUAGCGCGAUGGAGCUGGUCGGCUUCAGCACCGCAGGACGCGCCGCUAAGGCCGCGUACGCAGAAGCCGGCAUCGGCCCCAAGGACGUCAAAGUGUGCGAGCUGCACGACUGCUUCUCUACCAACGAGCUGAUUACGCUGGAAGGUCUGGGCUUCUGCGACGAGGGCAAGGCGCACCUGAUGGUGCGCAACGGCGACAUCACGUACGGCGGCAAGGGCCCGAUCAUCAACCCUUCCGGGGGCCUGAUCUCGAAGGGCCACCCCUUGGGCGCCACCGGUCUGGCGCAGUGUGCCGAAUUGACCUGGCAACUCCGCGGAUGGGCCAACAACGGCCGCCUGGUCAAGAAUACCCAGUACGCCCUGCAACACAACCUCGGCCUCGGCGGCGCCUGCGUGGUGACUGUGUAUACCCGUGCCGACGGCAAAGUCAACAGCGACCGUGCCGUGCGUGACGAGGAAAUCGCCGAACUCAGCGGCCUGGGCUACAACCCGGCCGUCGAGGCUAAAUGGGUCACGCCGGCCCAGGCGAAGAAGGUCCGAAGCAAGAAGGCUGAUUGUGACUAUGCGCUGGGCGAGACGUUCAGCAAGCUCGAGAAUGUCAGAUUGUAG